AUGGACCCACAACCACCGCCCCCGAGGCCCGACAGCCCCCCGCGCCGGCUCCGCGCAUGCGCGCCGUGCACUCGGGCCAAGGCCCGUUGUAACUUCCGCGACGAGAACGCCCGUCGGCACCUCUGCGACCGAUGUGAGCGGCUCAAGAUUGACUGCUCGGCCAAGACGAGGGGUAUCAGGAGGACGCGGCAGAUCAAACCUCUGGUCAACCGCGUCGCAACACUAGAACAACAAAUAGCCCAUCUCGUAACACCAGAAAAGUCCCCAGUAGCCUCGACACCCUCGGCAGAGACCUCAGGCUCAACUCCCUCAACCUCCUCGCCUCCCUCUCACCCAGACUCAAACUCACACUCCCACCCAGCACCCCUAAUCCAACGACACCAACCAGGCCCCGUAACCCAAAACCCCCCCUCCUACUCCCACUCCUCUUCCUCCUCCCCCUCCUCCUCAUCCUUGAUCGUAGCAACAUCGACGACGACAAAACCACCCCUGGGCCUGACCUGGUCCCAAGCAUCCAACGUCCUCGCCGACUUCCGCGCAAACUUUGUGCCCAACUUCCCCUUCAUCCAGGUCGACGGGCCCUCAGUAGACCCGGGCUCGGGGUCCCCGCAGCGGCUCGCGCGCGAGAAGCCGUUCCUGUUCCGCGCCGUCAUGCUCGCCGCCGCGCCGGCGGGGAAGACGAGGGCCGAGGCGAUGCACCGCGAGUUGUUGGCCGAGAUGGGGGCGCGGAUGAUGCUCGAGGAGGAAGGCGGGUUGGACUUGUUGCAGGGAAUGCUGGUCAUCAUAUUGUGGGCGGAAUGUAGAUACUGGUUCGACAAACAAAUCACCCGCCUCGUCUACACGGCCCUGGGCUACGCCCACAGCCUAGGCAUCACCAAACCCCCGCGCUCCCUCCUCCAACCUUCGCCCUACCACCCCGGAGGUUCUCAACAACAACAACACUCAUACCCGCACCCCUACCAACAACAGUGGCAGCAGCAGCAUCGACAACAACAAGAACCAGAAGACUGCUUCACCAACAAGGCAGCCCUCAGCGCGACGGAGCACCACACCCUCGAGGAGCAGCGCACCUUUCUCGGCCUCUUUUGCGUCGUCUCGUCCAACUGCGCGCAGUUCGCCCGCAAGCAGAAUCCCCUCCUGCACUGUCUCGGCUCGAACGGGCCCGGGAGUGGGUCAUUUUCUUCUCAGGAGCAGCAGCAUCGGACGGGCCUCGGGUAUCUAGAUAUCUGCUACGAGAACCUAGCCGCGUCAGGGAGCCUGGAGGACCGGAUGGCGGCGAGGAUGUUCAAGAUGGCCGCCGUCUCUGCGCGCCUCACUGAUGGGUUCGGUCCCGUGAUGGACUGUGAACGCGGAACGGGAAGGGGAAUGGGCGAAGGGUUCGAGGAGGAGGUGGGAAGACUCCGGGCGCAAGUGGAUGAUGUGUUGGAGGGUCUUGAUCCGCGGGAUCCUUAUUACGCAUACCUCAACCUGCAGCACAAAGCCCUCCUAGUCCAACUCUACGAACCAGCAACAAAACACCCAUUUCCCUCCUCCUCACCAUCUCCAUACCCCGCAGCUUUCCAAAACACCACCGCCGCCACCACCCUAAACCGCACAACCUACUUCCGAGCAGCCCUCUCCGAAGCAAAAGCCUACUUUGCCGCAACCCUCGCCCUGCCCCCAGAAGCCUACGUCUACCGCACCUCAGUCGGCAUGGGCCUAGCCCAAGGCGUCCUUGCCGUCACCACGCGACUGCUAAUCCUCCACGGCGUCCCGGGAUGGGACCUCCCCCGCGCCCGCGCGGACGUCAAAUUUGCAGAAAUCUGCGAGAACCUGGUCGCGUUUCUCGGAAGGGUGCUGCAGGUGGGCAGGGAGAGGAUGGGCCGGCUGAAGGAGGAGACGUGGGUCCGGGGAGUCGGUGGUGGGGGCAGUAGUUGUGGAAGGGCAUACAAUACCCUCGAAUUCGACUGGGAUGAUAUCAAUGGUGGAAGCGAGAUCGAUGCGAGGGGCUCCAUGUGCGAGGACUUGAUUGGCAAGAUGAGCUGGAUCAAGGGCUGGUAUGAGAGCCGUGUUCGAGCGGAGGACGGCGGCCUGACUACCGCUACCACUCCUGCCACUGCUGGCGGUGGCGUCGGGAAUGCAGAAGCGGCAAAUAAGGAGUUGAUGGAGGAGAUUGCGAGGAUCUGGCACUGGCCUGCGGACGCGGCGAGUAUGCCCAUGUUUGGGGGUUUGAUUAAUCCCUUUGAUAUCUGUUACGAUAGUAUUUGA